AUGAAGCUCUACCACGUUACCUUAACCCUCUUCGCUGGCCUAGGCUUGGUAGUUGGCCAGGGGAUGGACAGUCUUCCACCCUGCGCGAGAGACUGCGCCACCGGUUCUAUCCCCAAAACUUGCAAGGCUAUUGAUGUGAACUGCAUCUGCUCUGACAAGUCCUUCAUCACUGGUAUUUCAUGCUGCGUUGCUUCGACCUGCUCUGCGGAGGACCAGACCUCUGCCCUCAAUUUUGCACAGCAGAUCUGCGGUGGCGCCGGCGUAACUGAUCUCCCCAAGAGCGCUAGUUGCACGAGUGGGAACACCGCGAGUGCUACUUUGCAAACCACGGGCACAACUACUGGUGCUUCUGCGACUACUACCUCGACUGGUGCAGCUAACGGAACCCGUCUCGACUCAUCCAGCUCUGCCAGCGCGGCAAAUGCUACCAAAACGGGAAGCAACACUCAGUCCGUGAAGACGCAGGGCGCUACUGCAACUGAUAAAAAUGCCGCAAGUAAUGCGACUGCUAGCAGUGCGGCUGGUAUGAUCUUGGGAGAUAGCAGUGCUGGCCUUGCUGCAAUCCUCGGGGCAGCCUUCUAUGCCUUGCUUCUUUAG